CGAGGCUCUUGACUGGAUCGCGGCAAAAUUGCAAGACUUUGUUAUUACAAAAAAGUAUCCAUUUGACGAAAUGUGAACAAAUUAGUGCAGUUCUGUGAUGAAUACAUGUCUCUGGGAAGUAACAAGAUGUCAGAACAAGCACCUGCACCAGGCUCAAGUGAUCAACUAGGUCCUUCUGUCCAGCCCAUAGUCGCCAAGGAUCUGGACGGCAACUAUGUGUACUAUCUGCCAGAAAAACCCGUCACAGAGGCAGCGAAGUGUGGAGAUGACUCAACUGUGAAGACCCCAGUGUCGGCUUCAUCCACACAGCUUAGUACAACAGAACAAGUGAUAACGCUAUCACCUGCCAAAUCUGGGAAUAGUAAUAUAGUCACAAUAAAUUCAGAGAAUAUCAUUGGCCGAUUUGAUCCAGAAACACUCAACUCCCUAAACAAGCUUCUGGAAGAAGUUGAUCCAGAAACGGAGUUAAAUCUGAGCAGUUCUAAGGAAAGUGUGAACACAAAGAGUGAUUUGACAGUGAAAAGUUCUAGUUGCAUUUCUAACCCAGUGUCUUUGGCAGUUUCAGUAGGGACUCAGGGCAAUGGUCAGAUAUUCCAAGUCACGGCAGAGAUACAUAGCAGUGGUCAAUUACAACCACCCCCUGCAGGAUUACAAAGCAAUGGUCAGAUAAACCCAGUCCCAGCAGGAAUACAGAGUAAUGGUCAGUUGCAAUCAACCCCCACAGGGAUACUGAGCAAUGGUCAUUUAUCCCAACACACAGCAGGUAUACAUAGUACUGGUGGAUUACAACCACCCCCAGCAGAGCUGUGUAGCAGUAGUCAGCUACUACCUCCUUGUCCACCAGCAGGGGUACAAAGUAAUGGUCAGUUGUCCCAAGUCCCAGCAAGAGUACUAACAAGUGGACAGUCAUCCUCAGCUUUAGAAGGGUUACAGAGCAGCGGUCAGUUAAAUCCAGUCCCGACAGGAAUACAGGAUAAUGGUCAGUUAUUUCCAGUUGCUUCAGAGAUGCAAAGCAGUGGACAGUUGUCCCAAAUCACAACAGGGAUUCAAAGUAAUAGACAGCUACAACCAGCCCCACCUGAGGUGCAGGCUACUGGUCCGUUACCUCCAGCAAGUACUCUUCUGUCCUCCUUAAAACCCAUCAAUUCAGACAAUUCAGUCUUCAAUUCCACCAUAGACAACAAUGUAGCAGAUCAAAACACAAACUGUAGAUUACAGACUGAAAAUAGUGUCAGUGGCCUACAUGCAAACUCUGUCUCUUUUGGUAACCCAGUGACAAUUCCAUUGGAAAGUAACAUCCCAGUGUCUCAGAAAUUUCCUGCCUUGGAAACAACUCCUCUCAAAUUUACAAAUCAGACCAAUGUUGGAAAAGAACUACAUUUACAAACACAAACUAUUAACCCGAACUUGGUGCCACCAGCAGUCAAUCAAAAUAUAAACACUCAAAAUCAGACUAAUGUUUCUUUACAAGCAAUGGAGACUGUGCUUUCCAUGCCUUUAGGUAUUCUCAAUUCAAUUCCUAUGUCUCAAAAUAUGAACCAGUUGAUAGUUCAAGAACAAAGAAAUAAUGCUACUGAACACCCUGUGAAAACAUUGCAGACUUUGACAACUCACUCCCAAUGCCUUCCUCAAGUAAAUGCACAGUCGAUCUAUCAGAAAAAUGUUAUUCCCCAGUCUGUGUACCAGCCUGUAUUACAGAAUACAUCUCUACCUGGAUUCCAGUCACUUCAGUGUAACUUGGCUCUCUCCACAUAUCAACCUGUUCAAGUGUUUUCAACUCCAUCAUCUCAGUACCAACAGAGUAGGAUGUCCACCCCAAAAUACAUACCUCAGUUGGAUACUAACAUGACUACCUCAACAUCUUACCCUUACAAUAAUCAGAGUCGGUCAAAUCUUGAUCUGCAGCCCACAGCAAGUGGUAGUCAGUUGACAAUCGUUCAAGAUGGAAGAUCUUGUUCCCAGCCAAUUCUUACAGACUUGAAUAUGAAUACCAUCCAACAUCAGAACUCUGAUAUUUCAGGCAUGCUUUCAUGCAUUGAUCAAAUAUCGGCCAAAAAUCCACUCCCGGCAUUCCUAGAGCAAACUAAAUGUUUGUCCCCAAAUGUUCAAAAUUACAGCAGAAAUGGGUAUACUCAUCAUUUAGGUUUACCAGUUCAGAGUGUGUCCAACCAGGGAUCCCUGUACAAUAUGAAUGCUGCUCAUCUACAGACAUCAUCUUUGAGACAACACUACCCUACAAAUCUUCCACAGCCCCAGGGGACUAGUGUGCUCCCCUCCCUGGCCCCAUCUGUAGCUUCCAUGCCAAUGGUGAAUAACUUCAGCAUCCAAUCAAACAAAUCUUUGACUAAUGAUGUUACACACCCCAGUUCAAAUUAUCUGUCAUCUGCAACAACCAGUUCAGGUUACCAGAGUCCAGGACUGCAAAGGCAUAAUCCCCAGUCCUGUUUACAAAGGCCACAAAGCAACACUCCAAGUUACUUUUCAGGCAGUGAUGUGGGGUACCUGCAGAAUGCCGAACCACAAAUUACCAUACAAAAAAGUCAACAGUCUCGUUCAAACCAUCCCCUGAAGUUGAUGCCAAAAACCCAAAUGUUGGCCGUGAAGAAAGCAAUCAGUAUGUACUGGCCGGACUUUUCUAACUAUCCAGAAGUGUGCACCUGUGAGAAGUUUGACAUGGGAAAUGAAAUACACGUGGAGCAGAUCUGGUUGCAUAUGAACCAGAUGUACUACUUGCCACAGAUACAAAUUCUUGCCAUUGGAACUGACGAAUUCGUAGGUAUCGUAAGGGAUGAAAAGUAUUAUGUUAGUGUUGGGGAAAUCAUAAUGCGUCUGCUUCCAAAACUUCAGAGAGAAGUGGAAAGUUACAUUCCACAAAGCAAAUGUGAGGUGGAGCUCAUGACAUUGGAAGAGCUGGCGUACCUUAAGCAGCGAGGAUGCACCAAGUUUGAUAUUUUUGAGAUGAUUUCACUGGAAACCUUGAGAGAAAUGUGCAGAUUUUUAUUGAACAAAAGCUCCAAACUCAGUUCGGAGUUGAGCAAGCUAGCAGAAGCUGCAACUGGUAUUUACUAUAAAAAGGUCUUGGAAAAGCACACAAGAUGUUCCAAGUGUGGGGGAGCUAUAAAAUGCAGUGACAUUCUAGAUCGAUAUGAAGCCAUUGAUUGUCCUGUGGGAAUUUCUUCCAAAGAGCAAAGAUUGGCGCUUCUACAAAGGACCUAUAGUGACAAAAAAUUUGCACUAAGACAAAAAGAGGUGAUAGAAAGUGCAUUCAGUAAGAAAAAAUCAUCACCACAAAGUAGUACUAAAACAGGCAAGAAAAAUAUCAGUAUUAAGGUUGGACGGUUGUUAGUGGGUGGAACUCAGUUCAACACCUUCAAGAUCAAUGACAAAUGCUACAUCUCCCUGAAAGAGUUGGUGGCUUUCAAAAUCUCGACCUUGCAGGUGCUUCAGAACCGGUUAGCUAACUUGGAGUACAGACCUCGACCAGCCCCUUCUUGUGUUGAAAGGCAUUUCAUUCAAAACAACAUCGGAGUUCACAACACCCUAUGGCUUGACACUGUGAUCGUUCGCUGCAUGUGUUGUUUGGGGCAGCAGAAGACGCAGAUGCCUCUACAGAAGCAUUUCAAGUGUGGAGACUUUGAAGACUUGUGGGAGAAAGAGCUGGAAGGCACAGACGAUUGUGAUGUAAAUGGUACCGUCUUUACGCUCAACCCCAGUACAAUCACCAUCUCCAAUAGGAGGCUCUCACAGCGAAAUAACAGUGCAGAGCCCCUCAAGACUGUGAAAAAAAAUUCAGUGGGACCCUCCAUGUCGACUGAAGGAGAAACGCUGAUCACAAUGUGUUCAUGUAAAAAUCUUGCCAAGAAACCCUUGACAAUACAGAUGAGAAAUUUGACAUCUCAUUUAAAAACAUCAACUGGGUCUGUAUUAUUUACAACCAAACCUGGAUAUAGAGAAUACACUAAUAGCCCAAAACCUAGAAGAAACAGAGUUUCAAUUUCACCUUGGAAGACUCAGAAAGUGUUGAAAGAUGUCAAUCUGGAUAGCACUUCAUUGGAUAGAAGUCUGGAUAGUCAGCCUAUGGCACUUGGCAGUUUGAACACAGGAAUAGAACAAGAUGCACAAGCGGAUAUGACGGAGGAAUCCAUUCUUGAAAUAGCUGCACGAGAAGCAAUGCUUAUGCCAGAGGACUUGAACGAGGACUCAGAUGGAAUAGAGUAUCCUAGGUCAGUGGAUUCUGUGAUUCAAGCCAUAGGAAUGGGAGACGAACUUCCUUCUGAAGAUUUUGUAAUGCAGGAGAUUGAGAAAGGAGGACUUAAUCUUUUCGAUGGAGUUCUUAGUGCUAGUAUUUGUGGGGACUCCAAGAAUCAGUUUGAGGAUAGUGACAAAGUAACAGUCAAGACACCUCAAAAAGUAGCCUCACCAAGAAAAUCUGAACCACCCAAUCAGAGAAAUCCAUCAAAGUCGAGCAAUGAAGAGACGUCAGUAAUGCCAAGAAGGACAGAAAGUAGGACAAAGAAAGUUCCUAAGCGGUUUGAAGAAUUUUUAGUGGAAACUGACAAAAAAGUGUUACAGAGCAAGAAGGACUCAAAGAAAGAAGAUGGUCUGUGUACAACAAUCAAGCAUGAUGAUAUAGGGGCCAAAAAGAAGCUGAAAAAUGUGAAAAAGGUGCAGAUUCUGCGUGCACCCGAGUUCAGGGAAAAAAUCAAAAAUGGUGAAUUGGAUGGAAGACUCCUUCAAGUUAUUAGACAUUCAGAUCUAGACGGAAUUACGGAAAUGGUGCCAAGGAACCCAGAAGAGGCCGCCUCUGUCAGUCCAAUUGCUGACACCGAAACUAAUCAAGCUGAGGUCAGCGAGAAAGUCGAGGAGUGUGAAAAAAGUCAGAGUUCAGUUUCCUCAGCAACUUCUUGUGACAAUACUACUAGUGGGAUUGUCACCCCAAGUGCUGGAGAAAGUGUCUGUGUCUCAGAGCCAUCAGAACUUAUAAAUUCGAAAGAACAAGAAGAAAAGUCAUCUGAAGUGAUAAACGAAAACAACAUUGAAAUUCUGUGUUCUCCAAUAAAAAACAUGGACAGUGCUAGCUGCUCUGCUAGUCCAAACACCAGUACUUCAUCCCUUUCAGAGGAAUUGAGGACCUCAAGAAUUAAAAGAGUUUAUGACAAGGUUGCAGCUUUAGAAUCAUCUCAGGACGAGUAUAGGAUCCUUCACAUGUUGGCAACAGUGGCUGAAGUUGUGACUGAGUCAAAGGACGAACAAACUAAACAUGAUGUUACAGUGUCAUGUGACCAGCAAGAGAGUGAGAACGUUAUUAGUGCUAAAGACACGGAAAAUAGUGCUAAGAGUGAUGUAUCCACAAACAAUGUGAAAAGUGGUGGUGAUUCAUCGGAUGAAGUAUCUACGGAAAGGCAAAAUUUGGACACCAGUGAAACAAUCCAUUCAGUGAAGCAUGUGACUGAAAGUGCAUUGUUAAAUGCAGACAAAGACAUAAGUGACAGAGACAUCCAAUCGAAUGAUAGAUCAGAAAUAACCAAUCAAACAUCAGAAGUGAAUGGAACAGAGUUAACCAAUGAAAAAGUAGCAUUAGAGCCUAUAGAAGAUGAGAGUGUUGUGAAAGACGAUGUGCCAGUAUUAUAUUCUCCGUUGUUGUUCGAUGAUGAGGCCUUCUCGGAUCACGAUGACGAAACAUUGAUGGAAACUCAGGUGAAACUGUCUCCAAAAAAAGAUAAAGAAUCUGAAUUGCAAGAGAGGUUGUCAAAAUUUGUUGGUGCAGUAAAUAGAUAUGUGGAUGUCACCGAGUUCCAGAGAGAGCCGGGUAUUGCCACCAGCAGGGUGCGAUUUAUACAGGGAGCAGAGGAAGCUUUUCCAGGUCUCUAUGGUGAUGACGGACUCCAGAGAAGGAAAACAUUUGCCGUUUUGUUGAAUCGUAUGUUGUAUCACCAGGAUGAACUUACAAAACAGGUUCAGCAAGAUGAUGAAAGCAGUUUCUCUAAAAGUCUCUCAUCAGUAGGCAGUGCUGUCAAAAGUGGGAAAAGUUGUUCUGGAAUAAAGAGUGCCUCUAAAACUAGCUCCCAGAAGAGUAGUAAAAGUAGUUCUAGGAGACGGGUUCCCUCGCGAGACAGUUCAUUUGAGAAGACUCCUUGUGCUAAGAAAAGAAAGCUCUGCUGAAUAUUACAUCCAUCACAGCUGGAAAAGAAAUGGUCAGAAUUUGUGCAACUCCAUCGCUUGCUAAAGAAACAGAGAAAACUUGUGAAUUUAUGUGCCAAUCCUGUGACCUGCAAAAGAAGAGGAAUAGAGAAUCAGUGAAUUCAUAUGCAACUACAUCAACUGUAAAAGAAACAGAUAAAAUGUGAAUUCACAUGCAACUCCAUCACUUGCCUAAGAAGUGUAAAUUAAAGAAAAUUUGUGAAUUCAUGUGCAGCUACAUCACCUGCAAAGUAAUUUUGAGUAAUAUUGAAUUUGUGAAAUCAUGACCAAUUCCAUCAAUGGCAAAAAACCCAGAGAAUUUGUGCGAAACUCCAUCACUUGCCAAAGAACGUAUUUGAGAAUUUGUGAAUUUUUGUGCACCUACAUCACUUAAGACUGAAGUGAUGACAAAGUGUCCAAAUAGGAUCUACUAUCCUACUGUGUUCAUAUACAUAAAAACAAUCUAAACACUCCUGUUAUUUCUCACGUAUGCCUUGUUAUUGAAUUGUUAAGUAGUGAAUUAGCUCCCAUUGGAAAAUACUAGUCAUUUUUUGAUCUUCAUCAUGUUUUUAUGUGUUCUCUAAAUGGUUUUGUUUUCAAAUUAAUUUUUUGUGAUUUAUUCACAUUGUUUUCUGUUUAUAUCGUGUUAGGUUGUUACUUCGAAAGACAUAAAAUGGCAAAUUUAAUAGUCGUAAUUUAAUAAACUAUGUGUUCGAUGGAAAAAAAUGUUUAACUUUAGGUAGUUUAUAUCUACAUUUAGUUUAAUUACCUAGUAAUUACUAUAUUAAACUGGCAAUACCAUUAAAACACUGCCAAGAAUGGGGUUGUAUUUUAAAAAAAGAAUUUUAACUUCUAUUUUAUGUUGUAUAUAUUUUGGCAUAAGCAAAAUUGUUUUAUUCUGUCUGUUAGUACCCACCAAGUUCAAAUCAAUGUAUCAAAUUUAAACUGCGUGUUGCAUGCAAUUUUUCUCUGUCUUAAUAAUUGGUUGUAAAACUGAGUGCCAUUAUUGACUUUCAGAAUUAGAUUACGUAUUAAGUUGUACACUGAUUAUUCCAGGUAUGUCAUAGAUAAUCUGUCAUUUUACUCAUCACUCUGUUAAACAUAUAUAAAAUAUAUUUCCAUUGGUUGAAAUGUUUGAAUUACAUCCAUAGGAUGGAGUUUCCAAACUGUUGAAUUUGAUAUUCCUUACAAAAUGUGUUCCAGUUAUACAUGUACAUGUUAUUGUGUUUACAUUUGAUUUUGUUUACAUUCAUCUGAACGUUUCUAUGCCCUCCUUAGAAGAAGGGAGUGCAUAUUGCUUUGCUGCUGUCGGUGGUUUGUCUGUCUGUCAGUCCACCCAAAGUUUCCAUUCAUUUUCUUCGCAGAGAUUGAACUUACUGAAAUGAAAUCUGCUAUUCAGAUUUAUCAUAAGAAUAUUUAGGGCAAAUCCUGUUUUGGGUACAAUCGAGCAAUUUUUGACAGGGUUAUGCCCCUUGACUUGA